AUGGAGAUGGAACUUUUUCUAAGAGAGACCUUGAGAAAGGAAACGUUCUACCACACUAUCGGCGGGGAUUUGGCAGAUUUGCAUCCAUUGAAGUUCGUAGAGAAGCUGGAAAAUGACGACAAAGAGGAAGUUGUUUGUGUGGACUGCAACAAACCGGUCGUACUGGGUCUCGCUUUCAAAUGCAAGGCCUGCCCAUAUCUCUGUCAUGUAUCAUGCUUGGGAAAAACUAUGCUCUUCGAGUCAACAUUUUAUUUUCAUUUCGGUGGUGGGCAUGAUCAGUUGAUGUUGACUGAAGAGCUAAAAAAUGAUGGCAAGGAGGGAGUUGUUUGUGUGGUGUGCAAGGAGAAAGUAGAGGAGGGUCCUAGAUACAAAUGCUCCGCCUCUGAAUGUCACUUCCAGCUUCACAAAUCAUGCGCCCAGCUGCCCCGAAAAAUGCACCACCCCUCGCACCCAAACCACAUCCUUAUUCUUCAACUGCCAAGACUAUAUUCCAGUGAGAGUAAUUGUAAUGCUUGCGAUAAAAGGUGCGAUAAAUGCCUCUUUUACAAGUGUGAGGAGUGCGAUUUUAUAAUUGACAUCACAUGUGCUACCCGCACGCAAGUUAAUAAUACCGACGGCUGCCGACACGGAUUCGUCCCGUUCUUUAAGAAGAUCCACUUCACUUGUGAAGCCUGUGGUCGGGAAGGCACGGACUUCGCCUCCUUAUGUACCAUCUGUCGACUCUUUAUCCACUCCAGAUGUGCUGAAUUUCCACGCAAUAUGAUAAUUUCAAGACACGACCACAGCCUCGCUCUUAUCUAUAAUUCCCUUCAUCAUCAAGUCAAGGAUUUUAACAAUGUAUUCUGUAAAUUAUGUGGUGAAGAGGUGAAGACACAAUAUGCAACUUUCUCUUGUCAGGAAUGUGAUUUUGUGACACAUUUGUACUGUGCAAAAGCAUGUAGACGCGAGUCGCUGCCAGAGAAAUCUAUAGAUGUUAUGAAAAAGAUCAACGUAGGUGAGAUACAACAUUUUAGCCAUUCACAUAAUUUAAUUCUUAGCCAUGAGGAAAUCCUGCAUUAUAAGUUGUGUGAUGGUUGUAUGCAUUUUAUAAUCUCGGCCCCGUUCUACAACUGUACGCAAUGUGACUUCUUUCUUCACACUACAUGUGCUCAACUACCAAAAGAGAAGAAACACAUACUUCAUCAACACACGCUCGCCCUCCUCCCAGAUGCACCUUAUGCUGGUGGAUUAUUCUUUUGUGAUGCUUGUGGCCGUUUUCGUCAUGGCUUCACCUACAGAUGUGAAACGUGCGAUUUUAAUAUGGACGUUCAAUGUUGUUCAAUUCCAAAAUCCCUGGAACAUGAAGGUCACCAACACUCACUCUUACUUCCUGUAAUUUCUCAUAAAAAUUGCAGUGCUUGUGAUCACGAAUACCAGAUUGGCAACAUUAGGGGGAUAUUUGUAUGCACUACUUGUGAUUUCGCCUUGGAUUUUAAAUGUGCAACACUUUCACUCGUAGCUAAGCAUAGCUAUGACAAACAUCCCCUUGAACUCACCUACGCUGCUAAAGACAAUUCCAAAGAACAUUAUUGUCUGAUUUGUGAAGAAGAAAUGAAUCCAAAGCACUGGUUUUAUUAUUGUGCAACAUGUGACUUUCCUGCUCAUCCCCAAUGCGUUCUAGGGAAAUAUCCAUACAUCAAGUUUGGAAAAACUUUCAAAGAUAAACAUCACCAACACCCUAUCACCAUUGUUCGAAAGACUGAGUGCUCGCCUCCGUGUGAUGCCUGUGGCGAGACUUUCAAUGGCAUGGCCCUAGAAUGCUGUCGAUGCAAGUUGAACGUCCACUACUGGAAUCCUGAGUGUUGGGAAAAAUUAAAUGAUCAAGUGCUAUGUCCGUAA